AUGGCGUCGAUAUCAGAAACUUCCUACUGGAUCAACUUCUUUACUACAGCAGGGAUUCCUGCAGGGGACUCUGCCCAUUAUGCCAUCAUGUUUUCUGAUAACCGUAUAACCAAGGAGAUGCUGCUGGACCUCAGCAAGGAGUACCUUACAGACAUGGGCAUUUCCCGACUUGGUGACAUCAUUGCUAUCCUCAAACAUGCUAAACAUGUUUUUAAUCAGGAAGCCAAAGAUAAGGUGCUGAGAUCAACAUCAUUAACAUCACUGUCCUCAUCGCUGUCAUCAUCAAAUUCAUUUCUGCCAAUAAACACACCACGCAGAUCAACAGCUGCAAGUCGCAUGGUCAACCAAAUCACCAGCAAACAUCCUGAGGCAGGUCCCAUGAGCCAGUCACCCAUCCCCAAGCCUCCUCCUGCAGAUCCACCCAGGUCGAAAAGGAAAGUCUCUGUGUUUGACAGACUGGGAACUGAUGGAGUGGAGGAGACAGUCAUUGUAUCAUCCGACUCGACCCACGGGUCUCCGCCGUCAUCAGUCUUCAGCCGUUUGGGCGGGCGAUCUGCCUUAAAGAGGGCAGCAUCUUCAACAUCCUUUGACGAAGCUGAUGCCGAAGUGGGAAAAUCAGAAAGUUUACCCUAUGCUGGAGUGUUGAAGAACCCCGGCCCGCCAGCAGCCAAGAAAGCUAAUAUAAAACUGUCCAUUACUACACCACAAAAUAGAACACCUAUCAAGAUUAAAAAGACCAUUAAAAAUUCAAAUGCUGAAGAGGAGAGAAAAGCCUCACAAAUUCAGAGGCCAGAAGUGUCCACAACAACUGAAGGUGUGCUGUCAGAUUUUGCUAAGAAAGAUACUCCAUCGCUGAAAGACAGGCUGGGGUCCAAACUGGAAACCCCUAGCAGUACCAGUAGCUCUACUCCCAGAGCCACCCCUGGCUCCACGAGACCCAGUAGAUCACAAAUUCUAGGCCGGCUAGGAACUAAACAGGAAGAGUCUCCAGUCGUCUCAUCGACUGAACUAACAACAUCGAAGAUGAACAUGGACAAAAAAGUUAGCAAGGUUGCUGCAGAUGGCAAGAAGAAAGGAGUAUUUAGUAGAUUAGGUAGGAAGUCUGUGGGGUAA